GUCACCCUGUGUUAUGUGACGCAAUCGCGUAUAUUCGGAUGGUCACGAGACAAGCACCGCAAACGCCUCGGCCAUUUUGUCGACAUCGGUGAAGUCUUCACGUAAGUUCUUGGAUUUGACGUUAUAUCUCCGAAUUCUUUCUAUAUAAAUUGUCUAUUCUAGAGGACACAUAAUGGCUUCACGAAAGAAGGUGCUUCUGAAGGUUAUUAUUCUCGGAGACAGUGGUGUUGGAAAAACAUCAUUAAUGAACCAGUAUGUGAACAAGAAAUUCAGUAAUCAGUACAAGGCUACUAUUGGUGCAGACUUCUUAACUAAAGAAGUGAUGGUUGAUGACAGAUUGGUUACCAUGCAGAUCUGGGACACUGCUGGACAGGAGAGAUUCCAGAGUUUGGGUGUUGCAUUCUAUCGGGGUGCAGAUUGUUGUGUUUUGGUAUUUGACGUGACGCAACCCAACACAUUCAAGACCCUUGACAGUUGGAGAGAUGAAUUUCUUAUUCAAGCCAGUCCCAGGGAUCCUGAAAACUUUCCUUUUGUAGUUCUGGGAAACAAGAUUGACUUAGAAAAUAGAGCGGUCUCGGCAAAGAGAGCACAAGCCUGGUGCCAUUCUAAGAAUGACAUUCCUUACUUUGAGACCAGUGCUAAAGAAGCCAUCAACGUUGAACAGGCUUUUCAAACUAUAGCAAAGAACGCACUUGCACAGGAAACAGAUGUGGAGCUAUACAAUGAUUUCCCAGACCAAAUCAAGUUAUCAAACGACAGCAAACAGAAAUCAGAUGGGUGUGCAUGUUAAAAAAACUAGUUAGAACCUACUGUCAAUAUAUUGUCCUUUCUUACGAGGCUAAGUUAAGCUUGAAUCACAUGAAUUUCUUGGUAUAGUAGCCGUAUGGGGUACCACCUAAGCACUCACCUAUACCAGUACAAAUAGAAAUUUAUAGUUAYUACCAUGUGAGUCAAGCAUCUCCUAAGCUAUUCAACCCAAUUGUACAAUUCAAUACAGGAUAGAUACCACUAGAGAAGUGUACUUUUUUAUGUCUUGUAGAAUGAUAAACAAUAUUCUCACUUACCCCUCUGGUUCUUUUGAAGUCUAUUUUUUCAUUUGCUGUUGCAUGAUUAUUACUAUCGGCAACCAUCAAGUAGGGCGUUUAAUGCCAAAAUUAAAAAAUUAAAAAUUCAACAGUAAUCACAAUUUAUGAAAAGAAUGCUUGGUUUAUAUCAUUUUCUUUUCCAAAACAAUCAAGUGUAUGUAAUUAUGCCUUAAAUAUAUUUGAAAACAAUAUUAGCUACAUGUAUAAUGAAAGUGUUAAUUGGUGCAGACACUAAAUAUGAAAUAUUUAUUACUGUAACAAGUGGUAUUCAAAUAAGAGAGACAAUAGAGUAUUUGCACCAUCACGUGUUGGCAGCCAUGACUGGAACAAUUGAAUAUGGGGUGCUUAACAUUUACCAGAAAAACUGGAAACUCUAGUUGGAAAACAAAAUAAUGGCAUGUGUCAUUCCAAUCGGAAAGUUCCAGAAAACGUGGUCUUAUUGAGGUAAUCAUUUUUCCAGCUCUUUUCGGUUCUUCUGGUAGACUCAUAUCAUUUUUUGGCAUAAAAAGUUUGCCCUUUUUUUACUAUCAGCAAAUGAAUUUCCAACAGGAUGGAUUGGUUGAAAUGGUAAGCUCCCCUGAUCUCAUCUGGUGUACUUGCAAAAUAAUUCAGUUUCCCAAGUCCAUUGUUGCGCUUCCUGUCAUGGCUGCCAUCACAUGAUGACACAAAUAGUGUCUAUUUAAUAAAAUCUUAAAGUAAUACCUUAAUAUUUCAGGUUUAAUGUUUGCACUAUUGUGUGGUUGUAAAGGGAUAUUUCUGUCAAUACAUGCACACACAUCCAAACAGUGUCAAUCCAGGUUCACUCUAUACAAAGAAAGGAUCAUUGUUGGUGCAUCUUUAUGUAUCUUGCAUCCCAAAAUUCUAGACUAGAUUUCUAGGUAAACUAAAAUCAAGAUUAUUACUUGGAUACACCAGUAGUGAUCCUGAGAAAUUAGUUCCGUUGAGUCGCUACCUCUUACAUUUUUGACUGACAGCAGUGGAAGACCAGCUUCAGGCAACUUGCAGCUAUUGAGUUCAGGUAACAUUGAAAAUUAAUUGCAAUAUAGCAUGCGCCAAAAUCUUGCAACCUACUAGUGCAGGGAGGUCUUUAAGCUGCUGUAUUGACAGGGUUUGGAUGUCAGUUAAUAGAGAUUAUGAUGAAUAUGAUAACACCAACAUGUAAGAUGACUUGUUAUUGGGACUUCAAAAUAAAAUAAAUUUGGAAUGACAACA